UAUGUGAUGUAGAAGGGAAACAGAACAACGAACAACAAAUCAUGAGAGGAUUUUCCAAACUUUUGGAGGGUAUUGUCAAAUACUCGUUAUUUGAUAAGCAACACACAAUGUUUCAGCUGAAGAUUUAUGGGAAUAAACCAAAUCCCCUAUCAAUGAUGUUUGCUUGCAUGGAUAGCAGAGUGAUCCCAUCAAAAUACACAAACAGUGAUCUUGGAGACAACUAUAUGGUCAAAAAUGCUGGUAACUUUGUUCCAUAUCCUGACGACUUGAAACAGAUUGCAAACACAACCUCUGCUGCUGGAGCACUGGAUCUCACAUGUGUACGAAAUAAUGUACGACAUGUAGUUGUGGCUGGACAUUCUGAUUGUAAGGCUAUGAGCUUGUUGUAUGACCUGCGUACUGAGAUGGAUAUACCUAGUGGUUCACCACUCGAGCUGUGGAUAAAAAAGCAUGGGAAAAGAACCAUAGAUAAAUUUCAGCACCUCAAAGAAGAAAACGGUUUUAUUGGACCAGUUCCUUACAUACAAGAAAAAGAAGAUAAAAAGUUUGAAAUCUACAUAGAUCCUGACCAUAAUUUUAAUAUGGUUGAUAAAUUAUCACAGAUAAAUUGUGUACAACAGUUAGAGAACAUUGCAGCGUAUCCAUUUCUGAAAGACAGACUGAGUAAAAAAGACCUGUUUCUACAUGCCCUGUGGUAUGAUGUCCAUAGUGGAAAUGUGUUCUUGUUGAGCAAGAAAAGACAAAAGUUUGUAGAAGUGAAUGAAAGGAGCUUCUUCAGUUUGAUAGAGGAAGUACAGAGUGUUGAAGGAGGAUAAAAUAUUACUACAGUAAAACACCCACGCUCAAGGUAACUAGGGGGAGGUACAAAAUACUCAAGUUAUCUGGGGAUUUGAAGCGAUCCAAACAUACAAAGUAUGGGGAAAAUUGGGAAGGACCCACAUGAAUUGUUUUAGCAAGCAUGGGGGCUUGAGCCGUCAGUGCCUGAGUGAGCGGUGUUUCACUGUAUUAAAUGUCCUAAAUUUGGAUAAAAUUUUGGGUUAUAGAGAUUGUUAAUUACCUCCCUUGACAUGAGGUAGCUGCAGUCUAGAUGUGUUUUAAAUCUGUGAAUUGUUCUGUUUCAAGGUGUAUAUGUACAUGUAUACUCAUAAGGAGAUGCAAAAGAGUUACAAGAUUUCUUGAAUUAUAUGUAUAAUAUCUGUUGUAGCUGUUAAAUUGUCAAAUAUUAACUGUUUUGUAAAUUCAGUUCUCAUGGUAUUGCAAUAAGUUUAGUAGGAAAAGCUCAGUACUCGAAUAAGUUGUCUGUCCACCAUUGUUUCAUGUUGGGAAGUAUUCAUUUUUUGUUUGUUUGUUGCAUUGAAGUUAUACGGACACAGUUUAAAUAAUUUGGCAAGUUGCCCACUGUUUUAGCUCACCUGAGCACAAAGUGCUGAAUGCCAUCAGUUGUCAACAGUUUUGUUGUUGACACUCCUGAGGUCACAGUUCUGACCAAAUCUUCAUGAAACUUCAAUAAAUCUGGGAUCAUUUAAUAAACUUAUAGAAAAACCAUGUUAAAACUAUGUACUAGGCCACAUUUUCUACUUGAUUCAUAAAACUGUCAUAGUGUUUGUCUCUGUAAAAUCUAGGCCAGUUUCGAAAGUGGAGUAAAAAAAAUAGGUCACUGUGACAAAUUAUAGAGGACCAUAGUUAACACUGUAGAGACCAAAUUUUUUAUUUGAUCUUUAUAAUAAAUUAGAGUAUUUAGGUCAUUGUUGUAGCCUUUGAAUCAUGAAUGGUUAUAAUCCCACACCAGAUGAAGAAUUCUUUCAUGUUAAACUUGUUUAUGGGGUAAACAUGGUAAAUGGUUUCAGUUUACUUUUGUAAAGAACAAAUCAAUUGUUCAGAACUAUGGGCAAACAAAUUAUUCUGCUUUGGCAGUUACAUGUACAGUUAAAUCAUAUUAUUUCUUUGGCAUAAAAUUUCAUUGUUUUGGCUUUAAGGCAAUUUCUUUUUGACUUGAAUUAAAGGUCCAUUACUAAGGGAAAGUGAGUUGGCAAUUUUUUUCAUAGCCAGUGCAUAGACUUCUGCAAGACACUAAAUAAUGAAGAUUGGCAGGUCAAAAUUUACAGAAGGUCUUUGGAACUCAAAGAAAUGUAAGUGUAUUAUGUUGAAAUUUCAAUGAAUCGACAGAAUGACCCCCCAGGUCUUUUUAACUUUCUUCAUACUUCAUAGAAAAAUAAUUGUACAUAUACUGCGAUUUAUUUCGAAUUUCUACAUACCAACUUUCAUUUUCCAAUAAAAUGAAAUAGUUCCUGUGCUUUUUAAAAGAAAUUAAAAUGUUCACUUUCCUUCGUAUUGGACCUUUAAAGGGUUUCAGAUUUUAAAGAAUUGUCUUAUAUAUUCAUUGGAAUUUAACUUAAUGGAUUAUAUACAGCUGUGAAAUACUUGAAAAUACAUGAGAUAUGUCCCUCAGGAACAUUACUAAUUUCACAGUCAGAUUUUCAUUUCUUUUGUCAUUUCACUGUAGAAGGCAAUUUUAUGCCCCCCCUUCUCUAAAACGUCCCGAAAAUGCAUAAUUAAAUCAUGAUCAAUAGGAAAUGAAUGCUUAUGGACAAAGUAUUAUUUUAUGCUUGAAUAACAUUAUCCUAUGUUUAUGUCUAGUUAUAACAUCUACAGAAUCCCUCUGGAUACCUUAUGAUCCUGCCAGUGUUAUAACACUACAAAACAUCUACACUACAUUGGGUUUUAAACAUAUUUAGCCUGGUUUCUAACAGCAGAUUUGUUAUCAUUGCCUGGUAGAGACUUGCCCUAAACCCUGUUUACUCAUAGGAAUAUCUUGUUUCUUGAUGAAAAUUGUUACAUGAAGUUUUAAUUCAAUGCAAUUUAUUUCAUUGUAAAGUGGUGUCCAAUACAGGGUAACACAAUGGUGCAUCUAACAGUCCUCAAAUUUUUUUCUUUGAUUUUCUUACAUAUCUGGGUAUUUGUCUCGUGGCUUUACUUUGAUGCAUGUACAUAGGCAGAGUGAGUGAGUUGGGUUUUUACGGCAAAUCGACACAAAAUGGUCAUAUGUCGCCGAAUGUGCAUAGGCAGAAGAGUUUGAUCUUUUUCUAGAAGAAACCUUAUCGACAUAUUUUGCUGUGUGAAAAUCUUGUUUAUGAUGUUUUAACUUUUUGAUAAAACUUUUGUGUGUUUUAUAUUCAUUGAUAAAUUUCACUUCAGAUAAUGUCACAGUUCUUCAGAGCUUUUCUUGAUUUCGUCUUUUAUAUUUGUUUCUUUUCAAACCACUCACCAUAGAUAAAUUAAGUGUCUGUUGAAAUUUGUUUGUACUAAUUAUCUGUGCUUUUUCCAUGUCUAUGGUAGAGGUGAAAAGUGCACUGUUUGGAGGACAUGAAAAGUACCAAGUCCCCUGAGCCUACAGUCUUCCAUUCUUUUCCAAAUAUUUUACCAAUGAUCAUGUUUUUGGGCUAAAAUAACUCUUGUUCAAAAACUGGUUCUUUUAAUUUUUUUUAGAUUUUGAACUUUAAUGCAGUUAACAGCAAAUAUAUCUAAAAUAAGUAUUGGCUACUUGAAGUUCCUAAUUUUAGAUGCAGUGUGCAGGUGAGGGCUUGGGUGAAAUUCAUCCCACAGUAUUUUGUUGUUUACACGCUUCUACUAUAUGCAUGUUUCUAGUGUAUUUUUGAUGUAUCUUUCUAAUAUACAUGUACUAGGUACAGGAUAUUUUGUUAUGCUUUGUUAUUGCAAUAAAUCAAUUUAAUUGGAAAUACAUUAUCAAACUUUU